AUGGCCACUGUGGAUGACCCGCCGCCCGGGUGGAGCUCAAAGCCUGAGGACCUCGAGUAUGAAGAUGACUGGGAGGCGGAGGAUAGUAUGGCCCAAGAGAUUUGUGAAGAGCUGAAUAUUGGAAGAGGCCGUCCGAUCAUGUAUGAUUGUACAAUCUCUUGCUACCUAUUUGAAGCUGGGGGAAAAUUCUACCUGUGGGAUUGCGUUGGUUAUGGAGUCUUUGAAAUCACCUCUCCGAAAACCCUGGAUGGGAUCAUCAAGACCAUGAAGGAGAAGGGAGACGAUGCUUUGUAG